AUGGGUGUAAUACGAAAGAAGACCGCCUCGCGCGGCACCGAGGCUGGCACCAAGUUCCACUGUGAUGUUUGUUCAGCCGACGUGACAUCAACGGUCCGUAUCUCCUGCGCGCAUCCAAAUUGCCAUGAGUAUGACCUCUGCGUCCCCUGCUUUGCAGCGGGCGAGAAAUCCAAGAACCACGACCCAUCAUCCCACCCCUUCCAAGUCAUCGAACAGAACUCCGUUCCCAUUUUCCAAGAAGACUGGGGCGCCGAUGAAGAGCUGCUUUUACUCGAGGGCGCUGAGAUUUACGGACUUGGCUCUUGGGCCGAUAUCGCCGACCACAUCGGUGGCUAUCGCAGCAAGGAUGAAGUACGCGACCACUAUAUCGAUACUUAUGUGAAUAGCUCCAAUUUCCCUCUCCCCGACCGCGCCGAUCCGGGUGAUCACAGUCUCCAAGACGCCAUACCUAAGGAAGAGUUCCAAACACGCAAGAAGCGACGUAUCGAGGAGCGCAAAGAGGCAGCCAAGGCGGCGCCCCCUACCACCCCCAAACAGAAACCCACGGCGAGUGUUCCAGCAUGUCAUGAGGUACAGGGUUACAUGCCUGGUCGACUGGAAUUCGAGACAGAGUUCCUCAACGAUGCGGAGGAGGCGGUUCAGCACAUGACGUUCGAACCCGGUGCGGGCAUCGGCCCUAACGGCGAGGUGGACGCGGAGAAUGAGCUGAAAAUGACCGUUGUCGACAUCUAUAAUUCGCGGCUCACGGCACGUACGGAGCGCAAGAAGAUUCUCUUCGAGCACAAUUUGCUCGAAUACCGGAAGAAUACCGCACUGGAAAAGAAACGGUCCAAAGAAGAGCGGGAGUUACUGCACAAAGCCAAACCGUUGGCUCGAAUGAUGAACGAGAAGGACUUUGACGACCUCAACAAGGGACUGGAAUACGAGCACAACCUACGUCUUGCUAUCGCUCAGCUCCAGGAAUGGCGCCAGAUGGGCAUUGGGGAUUUGAAGGCCGGUGAGAAGUACGAGCAGGACAAACAGCAACGUGCACAACGACUACUGCCACAAGGCUCCUUUGAUCGUUUUGCCAGUGCACGCCCCAAGCAAAACCAAAUUUCAGAGACACCCACCGCCGCGAUUCAGCUCACUACCCCAGAGCUACCUCUCCGUCUCCAAAGCGCAGCAAACCCCCACAAGCUGCCUGACUUGACUGACGUCACCCCGAACGACUUUGAUCAGUUCCUCCUCGGUGAUGCCGCUCCACCCCCGCCAGCCAAGACGAAAUAUGUCGUGCAGCCUUUAAGCGGAGUGUCCCCGUGGAAGCUAGACAGCGAGGGAGCAGCCGAUCUACACCUCUUGACUAAGGAAGAGGCUGAAGUGUGCAACAUGCUGCGCCUGAUGCCGAAGCCAUAUCUGGUCGUCAAGGAGACCAUGUUGAAGGAGGCAAUGAAACAAGGCGGCAAUCUGAAAAAGAAGGAUGCACGCGCGAUCUGCAAAAUCGAGGGCACCAAAACAAGCCGCAUUUAUGAUUUCAUGGUGCACAGUGGAUGGAUCAACAAGGGUUAG